AUGGGGUCUUCUUCAAAAUCUAAUUCAAAUGAAUCAACAAAACUUGAACUUGUUAUUAAUGAAUUGUUAAAAGAUUUGAAAUUGAAGAAUAAAGAGCUUGAACAUCCCUCUACUGAAACCACCACCAAUGAAGGUUCUGAUGGCUCCAAAGAUGAUACUUAUCCUUUAUUGACCCUUGUUGAAAACCUCAAGACUGAAUUAAAUAAAACUCAAACAAAUCAUCAUGAUUUGAGAAAACUUUAUCAAGAUUUAGUAUUUGAAAAUAAUAAAUUGAAAACUUCCAAGAAAUAUGCAAUUUUCAAAUCAAAACAAAUUGAAAAUUCUAGAGAUUAUUUAGUCAAAUCAAACAAGGUAUUAAUUGAAAAGCAAAAAGAAGAAGAGUUUGAAAUUAAAAGAUUAAGAACAGAACUUCAUCAAUUUAAACAUCCAAUUAGAUCCAAUUUACAAGGGAAUCAUAUUUUCAAGGCUGUUAAAAACUAUUUUUCACAGCAGAAUGAUGAAUUGAAAGAUGCAAUUAGUGGUAAUUCUCCUAAAAAUGAUCUAUCAGUUAGUUCAUCAAAAGUUAAAUUACCAAAAGUUAAACCAUCAAAAAGUUUCCAAACACUUGAUCAACUUGAAAAAACCACUAGAGUACAUUGGAUAGAUGUCUUGUUCCUGGUGGGUUUCCUGUUUUUCAUUUUCAUUUUCCCAAUGGUUUCCUCUUCUAAAGUUUAG